GUGGUGAAGAAGUCCAAGUCAACGGCCGAACACUCAGUUGAAUAGGUUCUCAUGGCUUCAGCCAGUGCUUCUGCCGUAGCCGGAGAUGUCAUCCACGUGUUCUGGCACGAAGGUAUGCUGAACCACGACGCUGGUAGAGGCGUGUUUGACUCCAGGAUUGACCCCGGCUUUCUAGAUGUGCUGGAGAAUCACCCAGAGAAUUGUGAGGAAUAUGGUCUCCAUCCUCAAAAGAGGCCCAAUUUCUCCCUUCCUUUCUUGGCACCGUUGAAGACCUGCUCUCAUCUCCGAGUUGCUCUCUUUCCAUACCCAAGAGUAUGUAAAUGAACUGAUUGAAGCAGAUAAAAGUGGUGGGAAAGAACUCUGUUCAGGAACAUUCUUGAAACAAGGAUCAUGGGACUGUGCCCUACUUGCAGCGGGUACAACAUUGUCUGCAAUGAAGCACAUACUCGACGGGCAUGCUAACAUGGCCUACUCGUUGGUCAGGCCGCCUGGCCAUCACGCCCAACCGUCUCAAGCGGACGGCUAUUGUUUCCUCAACAAUGCCGGCCUUGCUAUUAAACUAGCUCUGGAUGCUGGUCAUGCAAAGGUUGCGGUUAUUGACAUUGAUGUCCACUAUGGAAACGGGACUGCACAAGGUUUUUUUUGUUCAGAAAAAGUUCUCACCGUGUCUCUUCAUAUGAACCAUGGAUCUUGGGGUCCCUCCCAUCCGCAGAGGGGAACAGUAGAUGAGCUUGGAAAGGGAAAAGGGUUUGGGUAUAACUUGAAUAUUCCUUUGCCCAAUGGAACGGGAGAUAGGGGCUAUGCUUGUGCAAUGACACAUUUAGUCAUCCCUGCUAUUGAGAAGUUUGAGCCUGAUUUGGUAGUUUUUGUUAUUGGCCUGGACUCUAGUGCUUUUGAUCCAAAUGGAAGGCAGUGCUUGACAAUGGACGGUUACAGGGAGAUAGGACGGGCAGUCCGAUUCCUUGCUGACAAAUAUUGCAAGGGCAGGCUCUUAAUUGUUCAAGAAAGGAGGGUAUCACAUCACUUACUCAGCUUAUUGCCUCCACGCGACUCUCGAAGGUGUGCUCAAUGUUUCAGAACAUGUUCUAUUGCCUGAUCCGAUUGCUCAUUAUCCCGAAGAUGAAUCGUUUUCCACUAAAGCUAUUGAGGAUAUCAGAAAGUACCUGAGAGAUGUUGCCCCAUUCUUCAAGUACUCGUAGUUAUGAGGCGCAUAGGAAAGUCGGUCUCUUUCCUGAAAUAUUGACAGGUAAAAUCACAACCAAAGUGGAUGUCUUCAGUUUUGGGAUGGUUCUGAUGGAACUGUUGACAGGCUUAACGGCACUUGAUGAACGUCGUUCAGAGGAGAGGAGAUAUUUGUUAGAUUGGUUUUGGAAAAUGAGAAGAGGGAAAGAGACGCUUCUGGCUGGCAUUGAUCCAACCCUUGAACCAAAAGAAGAAAUCUAUGAUAGUAUUUGUAUCAUUGUGGAGUUAGCCGGGCAUUGCACGUCAAGUGAUCCAAACCAUCGGCCCGAAAUGGGGCACGCCGUUAAUGUGUUAGCUCAACAGGUUGAGACAUGGAAGCCCGUGGAUUCUCCCGUCAUUGAUUUCUCUUUGCCUCUUCCUCAAAUGUUAAAAAUAUGGAAAAAUGAGCGCACUGAAGAUUUCAGUUACCUUAGUCAGUACAGCAAGAGAUGAAUGGUAGAGAUCUCUUUUGAUUUUUAUGUGACGGUGAUGGGAGGCAAGCCACGACCAUCGGGAAACCAAUCAUCCAUUGAUGCAAUAUCAUUUUAUAGUUAAAAUGAAAAUUCUCAUAGGUCUAUGAUUUGGUGCUCUGAAGGAGAUAUACUGCCUGCCAUCUUGUAUUUGGGGGUGUUUCUUUGUGGCCGGCCAUCUUUCCUCAAUUUUGUGCAAAAAGUUUGCAAUCUAUCUCUCUCUAAUUAUAUAUAAUAAUUAGAAAAUUUGAAAUUCUUUAACUUUUUUAAUUAUCAAGGAAAUUUAAAGUGAUGGAUGGUUUGUGAAGUUUGUGCGGGGGAUUGGCAUGUGGUUUUGUAACAUAAUAAAAUGGAGGCACUACUUUGACAAUGUGGACG